UUCAAAUAGGGUUUCUGGAGCCUGUGGAGAAGAUAGAGUCAUCAGAAUUCCCCUCUAAAGUCGGUGGUUGGCCAGUACGUCCUCAAUGCGCGAAAACUUCAACUUCCCCCGCGACGAUAUUGAUGCAAUGAUUUUGAAAAACGAGAAGAUCUGGAUGGAUUCUAUCCACCUUCCAGAUUCGAAGGUUAUGAAGUGCGGACAUUGCAAAAAGCCACUCACUUUCUUGCUGCAAUUUUAUGCACCGUUGGAAGGGAGCGAGAGCACAUAUCACCGGGCGCUCUACGUAUUUAUUUGUACGCGCGGGGAGUGUUUGAAGGAAUAUUUUUUCGAAGCGAGUCGGGUGUUGCGCGUGCAGUUACCAGAGAGAUCGUCGGCGCUGUGGGACUGUCCGAAAGAAAGGAGGUCUAGGUUGUGCGAUUUAUGCCAUCUGCGGGGUGACUAUAGAUGCGGUCAGUGUAAGAGAGCGCGAUACUGCGGUCGAUACCACCAAGAACUUGAUUGGACAGAGGGAGGACAUAGAGAACGUUGCGAAGAGAUGGACGCUCUUGCGCCAGAAUGUGCAGUGAAUUCGUGGUGGAUUUCGCCUCCGGACGAUCAUCUGUCGAAGCGGCUGUUAUUUGAUGAGCUGGAAAUUGUGACAGAGGAAGAGCCCGAGGAGGCAGUUCGAGUCUAUGACGAGAAAGUUCAGAAAAGGGUCGCUUUGAAUCGUGAAAGCGAGCUUCCUUUAGAUGAAAAGUUGACGGAUCCCGUACUGGUUGAGUUUCAGAGUAUAGUGUCGAUUGAGCCGAAGCAAGUUCUGAGGUACACGGAUAGCAAGAAGAGGGGACCAAUAUGGGUUCAGACAAAGGGUCAAAUUGAUCCCAAAAGUGUACCGAAGUGCGAGUUAUGUGGAUCGCCUCGAAUAUUUGAGCUCCAGAUCAUGCCUCAAUUGGUGUAUUAUUUGAAGGUAGAAAAAAUGGUGAGGCAGAGCCACGAAACCGAGUUAGACUGGGGCACUUUGGUGAUCUAUACGUGUCAAAAGAGUUGCGAUCUCGACACGUUUGGCAGUUCUAGCGGUGCAUACGUUUCGGAGUACAUAUAUAUGCAGAGAAUGGAAUAGUUACAAUCGGAAUUCAAUAGUCUACUUGGAAUACGGUGAGAAAGAUGUCUAAUACUUUCAAAGAAUUUGAUAGCCUUCCUUAUGUCGAGCAAGCUAAGGCGUUUUUGAAUGCUUAUUUCUUAGAGGAGCAGGUAAAGAGCAAUGCGGAGAACAUCUGGAAGUGGACGCACAUGUUUAUCGAGUUAGAUGACCAGAAGAAGACAGAAGGAUCGUGUAUUGAUGAGUUUAAGGCGCAUCGUUUCCUUGAGAAGAUAUCCGAGACGGCCAGCAUUGUUGAUUUGAGAGAGAGUUUGCGCUCGCAGUCCUUCGUACCCAGGAAGGAGUUGACGUUGUUGGAGUAUCUCUUGUUCCGUUUCAAGUAUUCGAUUGAGGAUUUCGUUAAGCGUCCUCAGGGAGACAACAGCGAGAAGAUCGCGGAGUUGCAGAAGAGGUUGGAGGAGUUGGAGGAGUUGUUGAGCAUGGCGGUGAAGCAGGCUGAGGAGGCGAAGAAGAGGGCGAGCGAGGCGGCUCAGGCGGCUGCCGAGCAGAAGGAGGCAUUGGCGGAGGUGGAGAAGCAGGAGCAAUUGAGAGAUGCGAGAACACAGGAGUUGACGGCGCAGAGUGAGAACGAGAGUUUGGGGAUAGUGGCGCAGAAUCGAGCGAAGAAUCAGCUGGCGCAGCAUUUGAGCGAGGAUCCGCUUCCGUUGAGGAAGGCGAAGAUUACGUUGCAGGCAUCUACGAAGAAGGCGGAGAAGGCGAGGAUGAAGGCGGACGAGGCGGCAGAGGAGGCGGAGGCGAAGAGGAAGGAGACGGUUGACAAGUGCGAGCAGGUGCAGAAGGAGUUGGACGACGUGAAGAAGAACAGUGGGUCGAAUGGACAGGGAUCUCUUUGGUGGAUUCAGAGAGAGUUAGACGAGAAGAAGAAGUAUUUGCCUAAGCGACUUCAGAAUUAGAGAUAGGGUUAGUGAGCACGCACAUGGAGAAGGUUUGUAGAAGUUGAGGUGAGGUAGUAGGAGGAGAUAAAGUGUGCCUUGAUUUUCCGUAAA